AUGGGGCUCGAAGCCACGACCCGGAGAUCGAGUGAGCAGAUGAAUAAUAAUACAGUAAGAAUAACAACAACAUCCUUUUUGUUUCUUUUUAAAAGAUCAGUGUAAUUGAACAACACUUAAUAAUAAUAAUAAUAAUAAUAAUAAUAAUACAACAUUGUUUAUACCCCGCCCGCCCAUCUGGGGGCAGGGCACGAGGCUGCUGUCUUGAUGGCCUCUGAGCCCAGAAUCACAGAGAACUCUGCACAUGCUCUGGACCAUCCGGAUUCUGGGAGGGAGGGAGAGCGGCCUGCCGGCUGCGCUCAGCUUGCAAAGGGUUAAAUCGAACAGAGCCGGAGACCAGCUUAUAAAACACACUUCGGGUUACAGUCACAGAAGAAAUACGAACAAUUAAAACAAUGUACAAGAAUAAACUUCUGCAGGGAGUUGACCCAACCACUAAUUAACGCUGUUGAUUAAACUUAGGCCCCUCAGGGCUCUGGCACCCAGCACAGUUAUUUCAAAUGAUCUCAAACCCUAAAAUGGAUUGACAGGUAACUGACAGACGUAGAUGAUCUCUAGAGAUAUAGUGUCUCCCUGGGGAUCUGGGAUUCCUCUCGAGGAGGCUGCUUGGACCAGGCGGAGCUGUUGCCCUUGCAGGAGACUCCGGGGGAAGCCCCGUCUCCCGGGCGCUGAGUCGGGCUCCUUGGGGUAGAGGGAGGGCUGGGCUUGCAAGGGUUAAGAGGAGCAGAGCGGGAGUCCUAGAGAGGACGGGAAGUGGAGGGGGGUGAAGGUCCUCCAGGGCGAAAUCCCCCCUCCCCCUCCCUCCCUGCCUUCUUCUUCUCUCUCCUUUGCAAAAGCCCCUCCUGGACUCGGGUGAGUCUCCUCUCUCCUCCCCCUGAGGGUGCAAUGGGGAGAAGGGGGUCCCAGGGGGGCAGGGAGGAUGAAUGGGGGUCCCUGCUCAGAUCAUGCCUGGGGGAGACCCCAAGUCAGGGAGCAGAGGGUCCUCCCUUGUCCUCUCUGCCAAGCCAGGGAGGGCCACUUCGCAGGAAAUAUGCAGCUCUGCUCUUCCUUGGGAUCCAGAUGCUGCCUUCCUUUCGGGGAGGGGCUUUGAGUCAAGAAAAUAAACCCCCUUCAGAUGGAGGGAUAAGUCACCUUUGUGAACAGAGGAUGUAGCCAGACAGGAACAUUCCCACGUGGGGAGCACAGGAGAAGAAAAGCCCGUCUGCAUCUGCAGCAGCACAACAGGACCACUUCCUGUGUCCCAGAUGCAACAACACACGUCUCCCCCAUCAUUUAAAUACACAACAAAAUUGUUCCAUUAAGCUACUGAAAUAAGCAUGAAGGAAAAGAAUAAUGUUAAAACAAUGCAGCUAUUAAGAGGCAGAAAAGAACAGAGCGAUGUGUAGAAAAAUAUCAUCUUUCUUCUCCCUUUUUCCCUUAGGGUCCAGUGUGCUUUGAAGACGUAGCUGUUCCUUUCACAGAGGAGGACUGGGCUUUGCUGGAUCCUGACCAGAGAGCUCUGCAGAAGCAAGUCAAGGAGGAGAAUCCUGGGAUCGUGGCCUCUCUGGUAAGGCUCCGUGCUGGAUCAUAAGAUCAGUUUUGAAAUUCCAUACAGAUCUCUGAAGGACAAACCUCCUCUAUUUUGAGGGGCCCCAUAGCGCCACCUGCAGCAUCUGAGAUGUUAACACACCCACAACUCUCCAUAGGAGAUGUAUCUCCUGUUCUGUCUGGGAAUAUUCUUCCACCAGUCCUGCCUUUUCCAACCAUGAGGAGGCUGCUCUGAGCUGCCCAGGCCUUCUUCAAUGUAAUCUUCAGAGAUAUUAAGGCCAUGGAAGUACAUCCUGUCUAAUUUUCUGUUUCCCUUUCUGCAUUUCUCUGUUUUUGGUUGAGCAAAGAAAUGACUGAGCUUGGAGAUGGAGCGGAUUCCAUGACUGAGCCAAAUUAAAUCCAUCCCUGGAAAGAGCCAGGCUUUUCGAAUCUCCGGGUCCCAUAAAUACGUUAGCUAAUACCAGCCAAAAAAGGCAGUAACUCCCUUCCCUUCUUCCUCUUUCACAAGCAGUCAUUUGCAUUCUUCAGUCAUUUCAGCCUCAAUUUCUUUCUCAGGCUAGGAUUAUUAUUAUUAAAGAUAUCAGGAAACUUGAUGAGGAAUUAAGGGGAAAGACAGUGUUGACCCAGAGUAGUUACAAAAUGUAUGUUCUCUCCCCGAGUGCCACAGACCCUCCUCCAAAGAGAGCUUCUCUGAAGAAAGCACAAGCAAAAAUUACUCCAUUUUACAUGAAUAAGGAAAAUGAGGAGGUGGCUAAGAAACAGCAGGAGCCAGAUCCUAUUACUGACCUUAUAGGAUCUCUCAGCAGCUCUAAGGAUGAGCAGAAAGAGGUUUUGGGCCCAGGCAGCUCAACUGCUAAGUCAUGUCUGGCACUGAGACCAGGAGCUCAAGCGACUCAAGCCCAAAUUCAUGCUAAACAAGUAGAGGAACUAAUGUUAAAAAUUACAAAAUAGUGCAAUAUUUAAAAAAAGUUGACUUUAAAAAACUUUUGAACCUGCUUGAGAGCAGCUCAUGCUCUGGGUCCAGACACUAAGAAGCUUGUACUAUGCUAGAAUCUGCACACCAGAUCCCUAUAUCAAUAUGAAACGAUAUGCAAGGUUAUCAAAUGGUCUGAUGUCCUGUCAAAAGCCAAAACCAAACCAACUAGGGAGAGGGUUUUCAUAAAAAGGAAUCGGAAAUGGGUGCUGUCUCAAAAUAAGCUACUUCUCUCAAGCUAACCUAAGCCUUUGGGAAUCUUGUCACAAGAGGAGCGUAAAGUUUGUGAAGAUGGUGUAUAAGCACAGAGAAUAUCUAAGGAAGAGUGGUGUAUCAGUCUCAAGAUUAUUCCAAAAUGUGGCAUCACCAGCUCCUCUGCUUCCACAUACAGCAACACCUCCAAAAAGUCCUCAGUUCAAGGCAGACUAUCCUGCUUUAGUUGACAAAGAUUCUGCAGGUGACAAUCCUGACUAGUCAGCUGACCUAGACCCCAAGGAACCCCUAACUCAAAGACCCCGGGGUCUUUGCCGUUGAGGAAUCUGGGGAAGGACCUACUUGACAGAACUGAAAAGAAUUGUUUACAUGCCUUCUGUGCUCUGCCACAAGACGCCCAGAAUGAAAUAUUCUCCAGAUUUGACCUCUGACGUUCCUGCCUAAUGAGUUUGAAGAAGGAACACAAGGGCUCAUGCAAGUAGAACUUGACUCUUUGUGCUCCAGAUCCAGCCCACCAGAUAUUCCAGCGUGAGUUGAAUUUAUGGGCUGAAAAGCCACCUCCCCCCACCAGGUUAAUGAACCCUCUUGCCUACCAAUUGGAGCUUCCCCAAAGAUUUGGUCCCCAUGCAAGAGGCAAAUAUGGCCACAACACCUGCCUGGCUUGCAAUGAGAGAGCUCAAAGAUUGUGAACUGGGCUCUGCAUACAAAGAACCAAGCAUGCAGGCACCUACAGUACAUGUACAGUGGUACCUCGGGUUCCAUACGCUUCAGGUUACAGACUCCGUGAACCCAGAAAUAGUGCUUCAGGUUAAGAACUUUGCUUCAGGGUGAGAACAGAAAUUGUGCUCCAGCGGCACAGUGGCAGCAGGAGGCCCCAUUAGCUAAAGUGGUGCUUCAGGUUAAGAACAGUUUCAGGUUAAGUACGGAUCUCUGGAACGAAUUAAGUACUUAACCUGAGGUACCACUGUAAUAGCUACUGUGCUAUUUUCUGCCCAUGCUCUGGGGUUGCAGUUUUCAGGCUUGGGGACAGGGUGGUGACUGGUUUUUGCACCAAGUUCUGUCCAUAAGCCCCACUGAGUACAAUGGGAUCUACUCUCAGGUCAUUACUGUGCAGAACAUGUCAGCCUUACGAAGUGGGGUGAGGAGCAAACAGAGGAAAUUGAAACCACUGGAGAGGUUUAGAAAUGGGGCUUCUGUUGGGAAGGGGCUGCCCCAUUUGUGCUUCUCCAGGGGCAGGAGAAUAUCUAGGGCAGGAGAAUCCCUGCAGGGCCUCUGAGGCUCCUUUGCUUCUUCCUCUCUCCCAGGACCCUGCAGCUUCUUUUGGCUCCUUGACUCCUCAGGAAGGAUGAAAGAGACGGAUCCUGCAAACCUAGCGAGGAUGGAAGGAGGAAGAUGGAUGGAUGACCUGGUCCGGCUGUCUCCUGCAUCCCUCCCCACAACCUCUGAGCACUCCCUCCCAGGGACCUCCGAGAGAUCUGGUGAGUCCCAGGGGAGGGGAGAUGGGGACCUGGAUGGAUGGAGCCAGAGAGGAAUUGGGGCUUGCUCAGGUUGGGGGUGGGAGGAAGCAGGCAGGCAGAUGGAGAUGGAGAAGGGGAGCACCUUUUCGGGCUCCCCCACCUGCCUGCCUGCCUGCCUGCUCCUUUUGUCAUCUGCAGGCAAUUUGAGCUAGGAAUAGAUCACAGCUCCCCGGCCACUGCGAUGUAUUGGCAGCUCAAAAGGUCUAAAACCAGUUCUGUGAUCUGAAUGCCCUACCAAUUUCAGACAACUCACUGAUCCAUCACGCAGCACUGGACUCCUUAAGGGAACCUGAUCCUGCUGUGCAGUGUGAACUCAGAUGGGGCCUCCGUGUGUUGCCUUUUUCUCUUCUUUUUGUAUAACUUUUAUUAGCUUUAUAAAACAAGGAAGAUAGGAAUAAUAGAUGAUACAAAUAUGUAGGCUGAGUCUGUAUAUCUCAAACAUAGCAGAAUAAAUUUGCAGGAGUAUCUAUAACAUAUAGUUCAUCUUUUCUUGAGCAAUAUUUUGCCAUAUAUUCAUCAAAACAUUUCCACUCCUUUUUAAAAUUUUGAUUCGACUGAUUUCUUCUUAUAGCAGUUAAUUUUGCCCGAAUUAAAUAUUCAUUUAGUUUACAAAUCCAUUCCUCCUUUGUGGGUAUAGUUUGUGACUUCCACCGAGCAGCAAUUACUAUUCUGGCAGCUGUACUUGUGGAAUGUAAUGGCGUCCGCCACACUUUCCUGUGCCAACUGUGAGCCUUAAGCUGUCUUCCUGGCUCCAAGCCGAGUUUCGCAGCAGCGGUCGUGCCUUGGGUGGGUGAUAAAUCCAAGGCUGUACGCAGGCUUCUUGCUUAUCUAAGAAGUCUUUAAUCAUUGUACGGAAAAACAUCAUAAAUCAACCCGGAGAUCGAGUGGACAUCUCCUCGGCUCAACAGCUAAAAACGAAAGUAACUCACACACAAAGAAAGAUUCCCGUAUGUGAACAAAACCACACCUCAGAAUGUCACACAGAACUGUUUAACCCUGUAAGUUCUGAUUCUCCUCACAGUACUUGCAUAUAGAAAAAUACUCCCCCACCCCCCGUGGUAUCUCUUCAUCUCUCAAUCCAAGGAGAUAUGUCUCUGGUUUCUUUGUUAUUGAUAUUUUCAACAUCUUCUUUAUUUCUUCGUGUACUACUAUCCAAAAUUUCUUAAUUUCCUCACACCUCCAUCACAUAUGUAUUGUUGUUCCUAUUUUUCCACCACAUCUCCAACAGAGGUUGGAUUUCAAUUUGUAUAUCUUUGCCAGCUUAACUGGCGUUAAGUACCACCUAUAGAACAUCUUUACAAAAUAUUCUUUAAUUGUAUAUGAGGCAGUAAAUUGUAUAUCCUCUCGCCAGAGUUUCUCCCGUUGCUCUAGAAAGAUAGUAUGUCCAAGAUCCUGAGACCAUUUACCGUAUUUUUCGCCCUAUAGGACGCACUUUUUCCCCUCCAAAAAUGAAGGGGAAAUGUGUGUGCGUCCUAUGGGGCAAAUGCAGGCUUCAGGAGAGCCCCAGCGCCAGCCCCACAAAGUCGGGGGACAGAGGGAGGCGGAACGCCGCCAUCCCGCUGUCUCCCGAAGUGGUUUGGAGGCUGACGGCGGAGAGACCCCGCCGCCAGCCCCGCAAGCUCCGGGGACAGCUGGGAGGCGCAGCGCGUCUUCCCGCUGUCCCCGGACCUGAUCUGAAGGCGGGCGGCAGGGAGAAGAGCGCUUCUCCCCACUGCCUGCCCCACAAGCUCCGGGGACAGCUGGGAGGCGCAGCGCGUCUUCCCGCUGUCCCCGGACCUGAUCUGAAGGCAGGCGGCGAGGAGAAGAACGCUUCUCCCCGCUGCCAGCCCCGCAAGCUCUGGGGACGGGGGAGGCGCAGCGCGUCUUCCCGCUGUCCCCGGACCUGAUCUGAAGGCGGGUGGCAGGGAGAAGAGCGCUUCUCCCCGCUGCCGGCCCCACAAGCGCCUGGGGGAGGGAAAAUAAUUUUUUUCGCUUUAUUUCCCCCCCCCCCAAAAAAAACUUGGUGCGUCCUAUGGGCCGGUGCGUCCUAUGGGGCGAAAAAUACGGUAAUCAUCGUUUCUUUCACUUCUUCCUCCAUCAAUUCCCAGUCCAAUAAAAGAUUAUAGGUUUUGGAUAACAAUUUCUUGUUGUUGUUUAUCACUGUGACUUUAAAUUUCGAAUCUUCUUUUGCAAAUCCUUUCUUUUGAUCCGAGUUGAAUAUACUUCUAAGUUGUAUAUAUUGCCAUCUGUCAAUUUAAAUUUUGACUUGCCAGAUUCAAAUAACUUCUGAUAGGGAGUGUUCAGGUGAAGAUGUUGCUGUUUGUUUCACAGACAAGGCGUGGACGUUGCUGGAUCCUGAACAGAGAGCUCAGCAUGAAGAGGUCAAGGAGAAGAAUCGUGGGAUCAUGGACUCUCUUGGUAAGGCUCCCUGUUGGAUCAUAACAUGUUGUGAUUGCAGAUGGAGUGGAUUCCAUGAUUGAGCCAGAACAAAAUCCAUCCCAGAUAAAAGCCAAGCAAUAUGUCAGUUAAUACCAGCCAACUAAGGAAGUGAAACCUAUAGGACGGCCUCACAUCUCAUUCUCUUCAGAUCUUCCUCUGUCACAAGCAUUCAUUAACAUUGUUCAAUAAUCUGGAGCUCCCAUUUCCUCCUGAGACUCUAAUUAGCACCUCUCUUCAUUGCAGAUGGUGAUGAAUUGGAAGGGAAGAACAAGGGGGAGCACAACAGAAUCCACAUAG